UAUUUCUUCAGUCUCUUAGCUAUAGCAUAAUAGCAUUAAUGGCAGUGGAUGUUGACAGCUCGGCACCAGUAUUGUAGUCCCACCGCCAAACCCGCAGUUUCGUUCCGAGGCUCCGAGCAAAAUAUUACAAUAUUUACCUUCCUUCCACCUUAACAAACCUUGGAAAUAUCAUGAUUAUUUGUCGUCAUCUGCAAAUAUAGCUCUAUCAGUAUGGAAUCGGAUUCCACGGCUCCAGCCCUCUCAGACGCCCUUGCAGAAUUAAUAGAAAACUAUCACGAACUCAACGCAUCUACCAUUGAUGAGCUGCACAAUGAACCUUCACCACUCGAAUUCAUGCACUAUGUAGCGCUAAACCGACCUUUCGUUGUGCGCGGUGCUACAUCCCGCUGGACCGCAACGCGGAAAUGGAACGCUGCCUAUCUGCGAGAAAUUAUGCGCGGGCAAAUGGUCAAUGUUGCCAUAACGCCUCUUGGAAAUGCAGAUUCACCGGUCCAAAUCACAAGCGGUGACAGAGAAGACACCCUCUUCGUAAAGCCGCUCGAAGUCCAAGAAGCAUUCGAGGACGUGCUAGAAUAUAUCAGCAAGCAAGAGCUAGAACAGCGGGAUGGAGAAAUUAAAUAUGCGCAGACGCAAAACGAUAAUCUACGCGGGGAAUACACUCCUCUUGCAUCCGACGUGCAAGACAUUCCCUGGGUGCGCAUCGCACUGGAGAAAGACCCCGAGGCGAUCAACUUCUGGCUCGGCAACUCGCGCAGCGUGACGGCACUACACAAAGAUAACUUUGAAAACAUAUACUGCCAAGUCAUUGGCCAAAAGCACUUUGUGCUCAUGCCGCCUAUUGAAAUGCCCUGCGUCCGAGAAAAGGAGCUUCCAGGAGCAACGUACGCGCAGAAUCCAGAGUCGGGGAAACUGGAAAUUAAACUGGACGAAGAGAGUAAUACGGUUCCGUUCCCGACGUGGGAUCCGGACGUGCCGGAACGUUCGACGACGGCGUUUUCGAAGCUCAGUAGGCCGCUUAGAGUUACGUUGAACGCGGGGGAUAUGCUUUAUUUGCCUGCCAUGUGGUAUCACAAGGUCUCGCAGAGCUGCUCGGACGAGGGCUUGUGCUGCGCGGUGAAUUAUUGGUAUGACAUGGAGUUUGCAGGAUCAUUUCAUUCAUUGUGUGCGUUUGAGCGCAGUGCUGCGUUGCAGAUUUCUUGAUUGAUUCUACUCUGAGUUGUUUCUUUGAUUGGUAAGGGGACAAAAAAAAGGAGAUCUCGCCAUUAGGAUAUCCGCUGCAUUAGCAUUUACAUGUGAUUAAAUAGACAGGAGCAAAAAAAAAAAGGGGGACAUCUGGGGGUUGAAAAAAAGAUAAAUUUUUAGAACGCCGUUUACACCGAGGGGGAUUCUAUAAGUACCUAGGUAUUAAAC